AGUGCAAGCGCGCAGUCCUAAGCGACCCGGUACAGCCGGUGGCGCACAGCAGCAGCACCAGCUCCUAUGACCCCAGAAAGGGUAGCCAGUAGUGUUGUACCUUAAGCCAUCGAUGGAAACGGGCACCAGCCAUGGAAAAGGACAUGACAGCCUAUGUGUGUGAUCUCUUGCAUAUAAAACCUAAGCCACCUCAAGAUACAUCCAGCAGUGCCUCAGUCUCCAUGAGGAACCUAGAAGAUAGGUGUAUACUACAGACCUGGGAGAAGUCUGGCAUGGAAGACCUGCUGAGGACUGGGGUGUGAGCUUUUAAGGCCCUGCCUUACUUCAUUCUUACCUAUGUCCUGCACUUCACAAGAAAAAACUUGAUCUAAUUGCUAGAACAGCAUUGGGUCAGUCACUACACCCUCCCAAACUUUGGCUUGGUUGGGAGCCCAGUGGUUAGGGCUAGAAGAGAAGCCACCAAAGCCAAGAAGUGAGUGUAGAAGCCACGGGGCCCCAGAAUGGAACCCAAUGGCACGGUUCAUUCCUGCUGUUUGGACUCUAUUGCAUUGAAAGUCACCAUCAGUGUGGUCCUCACCACCCUCAUCUUCAUCACUGUUGCUGGCAAUGUGGUCGUCUGCCUGGCUGUCAGCCUGAAUCGUCGGCUCCGCAGUCUGACCAAUUGCUUCAUUGUGUCCCUGGCAGCCACUGACCUGCUUCUUGGCCUCCUGGUGAUGCCCUUCUCUGCUAUUUACCAGCUGUCCUUCAAGUGGAGCUUUGGCCAGGUCUUCUGCAACAUCUACACCAGCCUGGAUGUGAUGCUCUGCACAGCUUCCAUCCUCAACCUCUUCAUGAUCAGCUUGGACCGCUACUGCGCCGUGACGGACCCACUGCGGUACCCCGUGUUGGUCACCCCUGUUCGUGUUGCCAUCUCUUUGGUCUUUAUUUGGGUCAUUUCCAUCACCCUCUCCUUCCUAUCUAUUCACCUAGGAUGGAACAGCAGAAAUGGGACCAGAGGGGGCAAUGACACCUUCAAGUGCAAAGUGCAGGUCAACGAGGUAUAUGGACUGGUGGAUGGGAUGGUCACCUUCUACCUGCCUCUUCUCAUCAUGUGUGUCACCUACUACAGAAUCUUUAAGAUUGCCAGGGAGCAGGCCAAGAGGAUCAACCACAUCAGCUCCUGGAAGGCAGCUACCAUCAGAGAGCACAAAGCCACCGUGACCCUGGCGGCCGUCAUGGGAGCGUUCAUCAUCUGCUGGUUUCCUUACUUCACUGCCUUUGUUUACCGUGGACUGAGAGGGGAUGAUGCCGUGAAUGAGGUGGUCGAGGGUAUCGUCCUGUGGUUGGGUUAUGCCAAUUCAGCCCUGAACCCCAUCCUGUACGCCACCCUCAACAGAGACUUCCGCAUGGCGUACCAACAGCUCUUCCACUGCAAGCUUGCAAGCCACAACUCUCACAAAACUUCCCUGAGGUUGAACAACUCUCUGCUGUCCAGGAGCCAAAGCCGAGAAGGUAGAUGGCAGGAGGAGAAGCCCCUGAAGCUUCAGGUGUGGAGUGGGACAGAAUUCACACACCCCCAGGGAAGCCCAGUCCGGGAGCAGACAGACCACGAUUUCACAGAUGACGGAAAACCUUAAGUUUCCAGUGUCAGACAACUCUGUCACUUCCAUCUGUGACCCCAGUGACUCUGGAUGCUGAAGGUAGUCACUGCAGGACUCGCCCCACCUCCAGCCUCUGGGGAAAACAGCAUUGUCUUGCACCAUAUGCUCCAAUAACCUCCUAAGCUGCUGCAAGAGCCUGUGGAGGCUUCGUUUCCUCCAGCAACACCCAGAAGGACCCUCAAAGGAGCAACUGGGGGAGCCACUGUCUGAAAAGCCAGAAAGGACACCAUCGCAGGAAGGAAUGGGGCUGUUGUCCUAUGAGGCUGUCUAGAUCCUGCCCAGGACGCCAAGAUGCUGGCCUUAUCACUUGGAUCUCCUUUCUGGAGCCCCUGUAUACCAAGCCCCACCAAACCACUGAGGACAAACUUCAGCCUGAGCCUGGAGGCUCACAGAACACACAAAACAUCUUCCCUGGGAGCAGAUUUCAGACAGGUUAAAAUCCUUGGGCAGAAUUCCUUGGGUUCAAAGCUCAUGUUGGUGCUGGCCCUAGGAGUCAUGAGCAGAGAGAGCAGGACAGAGAUGUCUACACAGGUGUGCAUGGACGUGCUUCUGUAGAAAACAUGCGCAUCUGCCGAGCAGGGCAAAGGAUGCUACCAUAAAGCACUGAGAAGCCUCGCUUCCCUGCGGGGUCUCAAAAUGAGCAGAAAAGAAGAGAAGCAAGUGGAAGAGAAAGAGGAGGAGAGAAAUUGCCCUCCAUGGACACCUAACUAAGUUCCAGAUACUUUGCCUACACAGGCUCUCGUAAUUUAUAUACAUAUGCUUAGGAUAAGCAUCACUAUCCAGACUUUACAGAGAUGGAAACUGAGAGUCAGGGUAGUGUGGAAUGUACCCCAGGCCACUCAGCCAGAAAAUAUGUCUGGGAUAGAGGUACUAAGAAUGGAUGUGUGGGAAGAUGUGUGGAUGGAUGAUAGAUGGAUGAGUAUAUGGAUGAAUGGAUGGAUGGAUGGAUAGAUGGAUGGAUGGAUGGAUAAAUAAAAAUCCAGGCUUACGUCCAUGUCUUCUAAACUACACUGAUACUCAGAAGAGAAGCCAAGACAGUUCCUUAACUCAGCUAACCCUCCUCUAGCAAGUCUUAGCCCUUCAGGAAGCCCUCCAUGAUGAGCUACAGCCAUUGAUGGUGCUCAUUAUCAACAAGAAGUAGUGUACAGUGGGCUUGUGGGGCAAAGUGUGUCUACUGAGUCCCAGGAAAGCACAGAUAGAAGCUGGGAAGAUGCAGAGAGUACAAAUGUGUAGGUUGACCUAGUGCCACCCUCAUCUGGCUACAUGACCAGAACAAAUCCCUGGCCCCUCUGAGCAGCCCUUUAUUCCUCUGUGUAAAUGAGCAGACUCCCUUUCUAUAGUUAGAGAAUGACUGAGAGAUUCAAGGAGGUGGAGUUGGCGAGAGUCCCAGAGAGAAGAGGAUAUCUGGGCUUCUCUCCCCGAGGACUCCUCAUUGCUGUUGCCCUUCCAUGGCCUCAACUCCUCCUUGAUACCCAGGUUUCCAAGACCCUCUCCUGCUGCCUCAUGCCCGCCCCCAACCCCCGCCAUGUCCACCUUUUAUGUGACUUUCCAGCCCUCUUUGUGACUUGCUAUCCUCCACACAACCAUUAGAUGUGACUGUCCCCUGGAGUUCAGUGAUGGGACAUCUCACCUUGGCUCUCCCUUUGGGACCUCAUCUGCAUCCAUAACCUUAAUCACCAAACAUAAAGAAAUUAUUGGCUGAUUCACAACUGUAGGCAAAGCAUCAGACACUGGGUCACCUCCAUCUGCAUACUUCAAAGGUACCUUACUGUUAACAAGUCCACAACUACCCACUCCAACUUCUCCCUCGCCUGCUUCUCCAAAGCCCUCCUUCUCAAACAGAGGAUAUAUCCUGGGCUUCAAAACCCUUGGUCAGCCUCAGCCCCUCCUUCUACCUUGCUUCUUCUCAUGGCGGACACUAGAGUCUUAGCUCCAACACAUAUCCACCAUCCAACUGAUAAUCCUCAUCUUCCCUGUAUCACAUGACCCUGCUGCUGUCGUCUCCAUCGGGACAACUGGAAAAGCUGCUUAGAUCUCUUUCCUACACUCACCCCACCUUCUUCCCACCAUCAGCUCUCCACACAACAGCCUCCGUGGGCUGUGAAAAUUCAUAGCCUACUCUGUCACAUCCAGGAUAGAACCUUCUUUAGAACGGCCCGCCAGCCUAGCCUUGUCAGCUUCCAUGUUCCUCCAGCUUCCUGCUUUGCCAUCCCCUACCUUCUCUUAAUUCCACCCCUGUUUGUCAUAUUGUUUUAUUUAGCUCUACUAUUUCUAGCAAACAAGGCACUAGGAGUGCUAUUUCCAUGACCUCAAAUGCUCCUUUCUCUUCUGGACAACUUGACAUCAUGAGAUCUCAUUGAAAAUACCAUUCCCUUGGGGAUUUCCUCCUUGUCUGUUCUGACCCUUCCUAUACCAGGCCCUUGCCACACACCAUGGGACUUUAUGUAGAAGCCAUUGACUCUAUAUUAUACCUUAUAAUAUGAUAGUCAGCUGUGGUUUCUUGGACACUAUCUUCCUCCUCUAUGCAUGAGUUCCUUCUGCUGACCUUUGCCUGUUGGGUCUCUGGAAGAGUACUCACACAUAGUAGAAGCUUAGUUAAAGUUGUCAGGGAAACAGGCAAAGAAUGGUCCACAGCAAUAUUUUAAGGGCUAGCCUGCCAAUAAACUUCAAGGAGUAAUUUGGCCUGAUGACUCCCAGAGAUGACCACUGAGUAUCUUUAUCAAAUUCCCUCUGAAAGCCCAAGAGACCCACUUAGACAUCCUCUUGGGAGCCAAUGGCAGGUGAGUCUCUUAACUCACAGCCAACUAACCGGAGGCACAAGAUCUCUGGUGCAAAUGGACCUGCGUGAUCAGAGAGACAGCCAGUCAGACUCAAGAGCACAGUGCCCGGGGACAACCUGCCACAUCAGAAGAUUCCUGCACAUGUAAACUUUCUGGAGCCUUUCCUGGCAGCACAAGUGGGGUGCAUGAAGCCUGGGGGAGCAUCAGCUGAGGUGGAACUUCAAGUCCAUUCUGUGUUUCCAUGUUCCAAUAAAGCUAUCAACGCAG